AUGAAGAUGGGCUUAUUAUUCUUACUGUUGUUACUCUAGUGUUCCGAAGAGAAGCCCGGCUGCAGGAACUGCAAGAUCUACGGGGCUGAUUGUCCGGGAUACCGGCCAGUGUCGAAGAAUGCGACGCUAAAAGCACGAAAACCGCCACUCAACAAGGCCCGCGCUGGCCGGAUUGCCGGGGCAGAGCAGGCCCAGCCCCGGGAAGGCAAUCUGCUUGCCGUCCGGCUGCCCUCGGAUGCAUUGUGGACGAGGUCCGGCUCUUCGUUGACGUCGGUGGCAUCGUCCGCGUCGUCGUCGUCGUCGUCGUCAUCGUCUUCUUAUUCUUCUUUUUCGUCAUCGUCAGGCAGCUCAGAUACGAAUGGUCUCGCCUCACUGCUGUCGUAUCGUAUGGCAGAUUCGACGUGGGAGGAACGUUCAUUCGUUUAUUUCAUCCAGCAGUAUACGACGGCCGGCGACUGGGAUCAGUCGGUAAGUCAUCUAAGCUUCCUGCCCAACUUGUAUGCCAAGUGCCAGGAGAAGGCGAGCUCAGACGCCGCGAGCGCAUGCUUUCGGCUGGCGGUGGAUGCCGCUGCCCAAGUAGCUCUAGGGCAUGAAGCCCGGGCGCCAUCGUUGAUCUCGAAAGCGAGACGGAAUUACGGAAAGGCUUUGGGGGCGUUGCAGCAGCUCCUGAACACGCACAGCCAAGCGGUCAAGGACGAGACUUUGGCGGCAGUGGUGGUUAUCUCGCUGUUUGAAGAUAUCAGCGGAGACCGGAAUGGACUGUCGGGCUCUCAUACGACGGGGUUUGAGCUGCUGAUAAAGCUUCGAGGGAGGGGUCAGCUGGAUUAUCCACAGGGGCGAGAUCUAUUCAACUAUGCCUAUGCGAACACGCAUAUUGAAAUCCUCGCUCUUGGUGAUAAGCCUCGGUUGGAUAUGGAAUGGAUCAUUGCCGCGUUGGACGUUUCAGACCCGAUCCCUCGGUUGAUCACCACUUCAUCAAAGAUCAGCCAGUUCUUUGUCAAGGUCUCCUCCGCACAGGCAGCCAUGCAGGCGCAGCUUUUCGUGUCCCCUGCUCUCGUCAUCGGGCAAUUGGCGACCUGGCUCGAAUAUGCACGGGGAUUAGAUCGAGACCUGGUGCGAUGGUGCGACGGCCUUCCAGAGGAGUGGAUUCCGUCGGUGAUCCCUUCGCCGACCGGAGAGCAACUACUCAUCACUUAUCCACGAAUCUCUGUCGCCACGAUCUGGAACUAUUACCGUGCCGUGAGGAUCGUGAUGCAGCAGAUUCUGACAGGGCUACAAGGCGCCCUCGCCCCGCUGGCCAGCCUGAGCAACAUAUCUCCAAACCUAUCAUCCUCAGCACUGUCAUCUACGCAGGUUGUGGUUCAUGACAUGAUCGACGAAAUCUGUCGCAGCAUCCCCUUUGCGCUGGGAGACAUUGACCCCCGCGGCCGCUUUACCGCCGACCCGGCCCGCCCCUGGGCUUCCCAACCCAGCAGUCGGCACAAAUUCAAGGCGGUUCACGGCUACAGUCUGCUGUGGCCGUUAUGGUACGUGCUCUCGUGCGGCCUGGCAACCCCUGACCAGAGCAAGCAGGUCCGUACUGCCCUCGCACGACUGGGCUCUGAGGUAGGGAUCAAGCUGGCAUUGACCCUGGCAGAGGGGGCUCCUGGAUCUCCGCCCUCUCAAUGGGGGGAUCAUCCCUAGUUAAAUACCUAGGUACCUAUACGAG